AGCGGGUGUGCGUGCUCGGGCUGCGCCUUCGCUCUGGGCGCAGCCUGUGCGGCGGCUGGGUCAGAGAGCCCUUCAUUUGCUUUUCGGGCCAAGUGGCCAUUCCAGACCCAAGUCAGUGCUGUUUUUGCCCAGCCAAGGUCACAGAGGAGUGACAGCUUCAGGGCGGGCCCUGGGUGCUGACCGACUGUGGAAAUCAUACCUUUGUUCUGCAUGCGCCGCCUGUUAGGGCAAGAUAGUUUCUCCUCGGGGGCGGUACCAAAACCCAGCUCCCGCAGGGACUGGGAGAGACUUCGCUCUUAAACAAUUAAGCUUGAUCGAGAUGACAACCUCCCAAAAGCACCGAGACUUCGUGGCAGAGCCCAUGGGGGAGAAGCCGGUGGGAAGCCUGGCCGGGAUUGGCGAAGUCCUGGGCAAGAAACUGGAGGAAAGGGGCUUUGAUAAGGCCUAUGUGGUCCUCGGCCAGUUUCUGGUCCUAAAGAAAGAUGAAGACCUCUUCCGGGAAUGGCUGAAGGACACGUGCGGCGCCAAUGCCAAGCAGUCCCGGGACUGCUUUGGCUGCCUCCGGGAGUGGUGUGACGCCUUCUUGUGAUGCUCUCUGGGGAGCCCCCGAUCCCAAGCCCCAGCAUUGAGUCUCCAGAGUUUGCAGCCUAGUGAGGACUCCUCCUCCGUCCUCUACAAAGGAAGAGAUUGCUGUUGUCGUGCACACCUCCCAUGUACUCCAGGGCCUUUGGGGAGUUCUCUCCCCUCACCAUUUCAACUUUUUUGGAAUUGUCACCCUUGCAUGCAUCUUCCUUCUCCUUUCCCUGCCAGUUUCAUGACAAUAAUUAACAGCUUUUCUGAGUGGAUUCCUGGCCCUGUCCCUCACCCCCACCCCCACCUGUGGUCUCUUUUAUGCCAUUUGGCAGUCUUUUUGGCAGAACAGUCACUGUCCUUGUAAAGUUUUUUAAAUCAAUAAAGCCAGUGGCCUUCA